AGUGUUGUGGAGGGGCGAAUGUUUAUCAAUGUUUAUUAAACUCCAUGUGUUAACCCCAGGAUCUCCAGGUUAUUUUCACAACAAAGCCCAACAAAGUACAACAAAACAAACACCAUCUAAUUGUUGUGUUAAUCAAAAUCAUAAACAUCAAUCAACAUGGUACUUCUUGGUGAACAAUUCCCAAACUUUGAAGCCCAAACAAACAUUGGAAUGAUUAAUUUUCACGAAUGGAUUGGAAAUUCAUGGGCAAUAUUAUUUUCUCAUCCAAAUGAUUUUACUCCAGUAUGUACAACUGAAUUAGCACGAGCAGUAAAAUUAAUGCCAGAAUUUCAACGACUUGGUGUUAAAGUAAUUGCAUUGUCAUGUAAUUCAGUUGAUUCACAUGUUGAAUGGAUCAAGGAUAUCAAAAGUUAUGCUGAUGUUACAAUGGAUGAUUUUCCAUAUCCAAUUAUUGAAGAUGUAUCACGUAUAUUGUCAACAAAACUUGGUAUGCUUGAUCCAGAUGAAUUGAGCAAAGAAGGCUUACCAAUGUCAGCAAGAGCUGUAUUUAUUAUUGAUCAAAAUAAAAAAAUGCGUUUAUCAAUAAUUUAUCCAGCAACAACUGGAAGAAACUUUGAUGAGAUCAUCAGAGUCAUUGAAUCUCUACAACUGACUGACAAGUACAAAGUUGCAACACCAGUUGAUUGGAAGAAAGGUGAUGAAGUCAUGGUUCAACCAACAGUCACUGACAAUCAAGCUAAAAAAUUAUACGCUGAUAAAUUGAAGAUCAUUCCAGUACCAUCUGGUAAACAGUACAUGAGAAUUGUUCCACAACCAGAAGACUCAUCAAUGUCAGCCAACUAAAAAGUCUAAAAUUUAAUAUAUAUUUUUAUAUUUAUAUAAAACAAUAACUCCAGAAUUCCAAUUGCUUUUAUAAAA